AUGCACCUCUUAUCUCUCCUCCUCGUUGCAUUCAGCGGCCUGGUCGUCUCUGUGCCCCAGCAUGGAGCCAACCUGUUCCGGCCCGAACCUCGCGCCAACCAUCUUGACUGGAACGCACCCCGUGGUCACAGCACCUUCCUGAUGAAACGGUCCAACCUCCUCUCAGAAGAGUACUUCAACAACCCGCCGGUCAAACGAUCCCCCGACACCUCCCCAGCUCACCCCGUGGUACCCCUAACCAAGUCAUCCCUCUCCGACCGCGCCACAUCCGGCCAAUGGGAGAACCUCGAGGGCAGUUCCACCUGGAACCCGACGCCCGCCUCCUGGGGCGGGUCCCGACAGGACGUCUACUACGUGCACAAAGACCGCACGUGCAAGUACCGGACCUACGACGGCGGCAAAUGGGGCGGCUGGCAGGACAUCGGCGGGUCGUUCGACUCGCCCGCGGCGGCGUGCAGCCGCAAGAAGGAGAACAUGCACAUCUUCUGCAAGGGCACCGACGGGCAGGCCUGGCACCGCGCCUACGACUCCGGCAGCGGCAGCGGCGGCUGGGGCCCGUGGCAGGGCAUGGGCGGCAGCGUGAAGCACUACCCGUCGGCCUGUUCCUGGGGCAAGGACCAUGUGAGCGUGUACGUGUCGUCCAGUGAUGGCGAGUGCUGGCACCGGAGGUAUGAUGACGGCCAGAAGGGCUGGUACGGCUGGGAGAACAUGGGUGGGUACCUCGACGGUCCGCCCAAGGCUGUCACCUGGGGCCAGGGCCAUACCAGCGUGUUCUGUAAGGGCCAGGAUGGGCAGGCCUGGCAUAGGAAGUAUGAGUCUGGUUGGGGCCAGUGGGAGAGUCUGGGUGGUACGCUUGAUGGGGAGCCGGCGGCGUGCGCGUGGGAUGGCCGGAUGGAUGUCUUCGUGAAAGGGUCUGAUGGUGCGUGCUGGCACAAGACGUACAAGCGAGGCACGGGGUGGGGUGGCUGGGAGAAUAUGGGCGGAAAAAUAAAGGGUGGAAAGGCGCCGGAUGUGGUGUACUACGGUGGUAAGAUGGAGGUGUACAUCACGGGUGACGACAACGCUCUUUACCGGAAGGUGUGGAAGGAUGACAAGUGGACUUCGGACUGGGAGAAUAUGGGAGGUAGUAUGUAUACCAAGCCGAAUGCCGUGACUUGGGACGAUGGCAAGAUGGAUGUAUACGGGUCUGGGUCUGACGGGAGCUGCAGGAGGUGUUAUUGA